CCCUGAGCCACUGAUCGUCCCAGACAUUUGUCGUAUUUUCAAAUAUAACACGAGUCAAAUAAAAGUGCCUUUUAGUUAAUUAAAUUACAUAUUAUAUUUUAAGAAAUUUUAUUAAUGUUAUGCCUUGGUUGGUGUUUAAUUUAAAGUUAUAGCAGUUUUUAUGAAAUUACUUGCUCAAAAAUCGUAGUGCUCAAUUUGUUAUAAGCAAUAUUAAAAUAAUAUUAGAUAAAAUAUAUCGUGAAGUGCUAAUAGUACCCUAUAUUAAACUGUGGUUGUGAAGUGCGGUUUUUGGUUGGGCAGAUUUGAUCGGCGUUAAAUUUUGUAAAAGUGUCGUAGAGUUUUGGCUCGUUUAGAGGUUGUGUUCUUGGUUGUGGCGCCGGCGCUGUGGAGGGGUCGCAGCGUGACCGUAUGAGCGAUGCGAUGCGCGACACACUAGCGUCAUUGCUGCGUAGCUCAGUCCGUGCGCAGGCGCAUACAGAAAACGCGGACAAAUUACACAAUGGAGCUAUUACUCCUGUUUUGGUCUUCCCAAAUGAAGGGAGCACACGCGAAGGCGGAUUGGUGUGGCGCGGGUGCGCCGCCAACUGCGACGCCGAAGACGGCACGGCGGGAACACUCACCGACGGCAACGCCAACCCAGGAGACAAGCUGGAGGGGUCGGACGCAGCUCCGGACGACCCUGUUCACCUCAAGAGACGGGUGGGACUCUUCAGUGGGGUGGCUCUAAUCGUCGGCACUAUGAUUGGUUCUGGAAUAUUCGUGUCGCCCUCUGGGCUUUUGGAGCGCACGGGCUCAGUGGGCAUAAGCUUCAUCAUUUGGAUGGCGUGUGGCCUACUCUCCCUGCUCGGAGCGCUCGCAUACGCGGAGCUAGGAACGAUGAAUACAUCAUCCGGAGCUGAGUACGCGUAUUUUAUGGACGCUUUCGGAGGACCUCCUGCAUUUUUAUUUUCAUGGGUCUCGACUUUAGUACUGAAACCAUCUCAAAUGGCUAUCAUCUGCCUCAGCUUCGCAAAAUAUGCUGUAGAGCCGUUCGUGUCUGAGUGCGAACCACCAAACGCUCUUGUCAAGCUAGUGGCCGUCAUAUCUAUUGUAAUGAUUCUGGCGGUCAACUGCUACAGUGUGAACUUGGCGACGAAAGUCCAGAACAUCUUCACUGCGGCAAAAUUAGUGGCGAUUGCAAUAAUCGUCUGCGGAGGAGCGUACAAAUUAAUAUUAGGUAAUACGCGACAUUUACAGGAGCCCAACUUCGCCAGUAGCACGGCGACUCUGGGCAACAUCGCCACGGCCUUCUACACGGGUCUGUGGGCCUACGACGGAUGGAAUAACCUUAACUAUGUCACAGAGGAAAUUAAAAACCCAUCCAAGAACCUCCCACUGAGCAUCAUAAUCGGCAUCCCGCUGGUGACACUUUGCUACGCGUUGGUCAACGUGUCGUACUUGGCCGUCAUGUCGGUCAGCGAGAUGGCCGACAGUGAGGCUGUGGCGGUCACGUUCGGAAACCGACUGCUGGGCCCUCUCGCCUGGCUCAUGCCGCUCGCCGUCACCAUCUCUACAUUCGGAUCAGCUAAUGGAACGCUAUUCGUUGCGGGGAGAUUGUGUUUUGCGGCCUCUCGUGAGGGACACUUGCUGGAUAUCCUUUCGUACGUGCACGUGCGACGUUUUACUCCGGCACCGGGGCUGAUAUUCCAUUCCCUGAUAGCGGUAGCGAUGGUGCUGUACGGGACGAUAGACUCGCUCAUCGAUUUCUUCUCGUUCACUGCCUGGAUCUUCUACGGGGGAGCCAUGCUUGCUUUGAUCGUCAUGAGAUAUACUAAGCCCAAUGCGCCCAGACCUUAUAAGGUGCCGAUAAUAAUCCCAUACGUAGUGCUCAUAGUGUCGGCCUACCUCGUCGUGGCGCCCAUCAUAGACAAGCCGCAGUGGGAGUAUCUGUACGCCGGCGGGUUCAUCCUCGGCGGUCUGCUGGUGUACUUGCCGUUUGUCAAGUGGGGAUAUUCGUUACCGUUUAUGGAUAAGAUAACAGUUUUUCUGCAAAUGGUGCUGGAGGUGGUGCCGACGUCGACAACUUUCGAAUACUAAGUCCGCGCUGGACUAUAAAAGGCAUUUUUUAAAAUUUUCAAACAAUUUUUUGGCUAUUGUUGUCUUUUCGAAAUCGUAUUUAUGAUUCGGCCAUUAAAUUGAAAGUUGUACGGUAUAUAAAAUGACAAGCAAUCAAAUUUGCAAGGAAUCUAUAAUUAUUUAUGAUACGUUCGGCCAGUUCAGUGUUUCAUGAAAUUAAUUAUUUUUUGACUGAUAUAACAGGUUCCUUAUUAUACCUUAAAAAAGAAAUAUCUACAAAAAAUAUUAUAUUAUUAACAUUGAAAAUUUUAUAACGUCGUUGUUUUUGUAUUUUUUAUUUACUUCAACAGAUCUUUGAAUGCUGUGAGAUCUUUUUUUACUUGUUUACAAAAUAGUCACUCGACUUAUUAAGUAUAGUUCUCCCUUAUUUCUAUUGUAAGUUCAUUCGACUUUUAUCUUUGUUUAGUUAAGACAACAUUUCUCAUUUCAUUAGUUUGCACGAAUCAUUCCUACGGGCAUUUGUGAAGAGAUUUCGCCAGGUCGAUGUUUCUAGUACAAAUAUUUUUAAAGGAACUGAAUUAUUAUUUUUUAAUAUUGCUAAAUCAUUAUUGUUUUUUAGACGAUAACUAAUAUUAUUAUUACCAAAUUAUAUAAAUAAAUUUUUAAAUCAUCGCAUUCAGUUAUGACGAUGAAAACUCUGCUUUCUGCCAAAAAUAUGAAGAAAAUAAAAUUAAUCCAAACAUAGAAUUGUUUUCGCACGUUAGUUUUUUUUAUUACAUAAAAGUAAGUACCUAAUGAUAGAAAACGUUUAACGUUUGUGAAGGUGUGGCAAAUCUCUAGGCUCAAAGCCCCUUUCGCAUCACUAUGAGUGAUUGUGCUAAACUCAUAGUCUAUAGUAAUCAUCUCAUUCGUAGUUAACCUUAGUUUUUAUAAGAAUAAGUAAUGUUGUGUUUACUUAAAUUUAUUGUUCUCUUUUGCAAUAUAUUUUAACUUACAAGGGAUAGAUAGCGAAAUAUGAUAUUUUUAAUUAAACUUUUUUUUUAUCUGUUGUGUUACAAUACAAUCGGUAAUGCGAUUUAAAAAACAUUAUUUUAAUUACAUUUUGAAUAAAAAGAUUAUCGGCGAGCAGUCAGAAGAAAAACGUUCAUUACGACUUGUACGAUAAAGUGAAUUAAGGAUAUAUUAUUAUAUUAAAUAGGUAGUUCAAAAAAGUUAAAUUUUUGAAAAAAGAAUGUUAUAUAAAGCCAGCGUUAUUCUAUCCCAAAUUUAAAGACUAAAGUGUGGUUUUUGACUAAUAUUUCUGCGAGUCACGGCCGAACUUUGCGACCGGUAAAAAUUGGUCUUAUCAUUCCUUAUCGGGGCAACACUAAGCUGUGACCGCUGUUUUCUUUUUCAAUCUAUAUUUAUUUUAAGGAAUAUUUUUGAUAGAUUUUAGUUCAGAAAUCAUGCAAUUACAACAUUUUUAUUACAAAUAAUCGUUCAACUGUACUUGUUACAAUGAAAAUAAAAUAUUAAUAUUUUCAUAAGCAGUGUUCGUCUUUUCAAGCAAUUCUAUUCGUAGAUGUCUAAUGUUCAGUAUAAAAAUAGUAGCGUUUAAAAGCCCAUUAGAUAACCCGCGAUGCUUAAAAUCCUAUAAAUUGCCCCAUUUUUAACGAUCUAAUUGUGUAGAGUCUACGUAUAUCAAUUACUGUCUAUAUAUAUGUUACUUGUAAGAACUUGGGCACACGAGUACACACCUAACGAUGUGAUAUACUGUUAUGGGUAAAACUGAUGGUUUUAUUUUGUGUACAGAUAAAAUAUCAAAUACCUAUACUUACAUGAAAUAACCUAUGUACUUAUCUCUUAAUAAAGGACAGAUUUAUUUAUUGUUAUACACUACCAUUGAAUUAAAUGAAAUUUUAAAUAAAGACAAAUUAAAACUGAA